ACCAACACCGGCCGACGUCGAUAGAGAGCUUGGAAGAUGCUGGCUGCCACCCUGAGAGAUGCGACUCAAGCGCGCAGAGGUCUCGCUGUAGAUCUCAUCAGGGCAUUCCCUUAUACCUAUCAGGCUGCCGGCCCAUCAUCGCAGCGGCUCCUCCACUCGUCACCAUCUUGUAAUGACGACCUCGACCUCGACCCAGAGUCAAUCCAGGCCAAGAUGCUCGCCAAGCUCCAGUCACGCUAUACGAAGCCUCAGCCACCGCAAGCUUCGGCGCAGCAGCAUCAAAGACAACAGCAGUCUCCUCCCGACCAGUCUCCCUCUCCCCUGCCACCGUCAGUCGCCGAGCAAGCCACCACCUCACCCGAGGCCGCAGCAGAGGCGAUCACGCAUCUCGUGGCAGAGUCCCUUAUCGAGGCUGAGGCGACCGGGGUGGCUCAGGCUGCCCUAGCCGCUGAGACCGCAAGUCCGGCCCAGCCACCACCUCCAAGCGACACCACCCCCGCCGAGGCUCCCACCGUAGGCAAAUACGAGGAAGGACGCUUCCUCCCCAAGACUCCAGACAAUUCUCCAUGGCUAGCGCGGUACGUCCGUCCGUCUCAUGCCGGCUCAGCAGAAGGGGCCGACGUGCCCUCGAUCUACUACGGAAAGCUGCUCAAGCCUGGCGGCAUCCGUGGGAACAGCAGUGGCACGAUGAAGUCCACCAGCCAGCGCCUGAAAGACCUUGGGGUCAAUCCAGCUUCGCUCCCGCUGAACGAUGCAAAAGCUAUGCGCGCUGUUCAGGCUGGAAUACGUCGAUUUGAACGAGCAGGAAGGAUGGUCGGGGCUAAACAUGGGGCGUGGCAAUACAAGUCGCGCAAGCUGAGCGAGGCGGAGAUCGAGCAGUUCAGGCAGGAGGUAGAGGCAGAAGCGGCUCGCGCUCUCGAGGAAGACGAGACGACCGACUACAGCGACGAUGGCAAUCGUACAGUGAUGCGUCGCGGAUUCCCCACCGGUACUGACACCAGUCGGGCCCCAGGUGGCGGAGGAGGCAGCGGCAUGACCCUUCGCCGUUGGACAUCUGUCGCAGACGAGCGCAUCGAAGCUGCUCGAGCUGCCGGCCUCUUCAAGGAGAACAAGCUUCGAGGCAAGCCCUUGGAGGCAGAAAUACACGAACGUAAUCCCUACUUGGGGCAUGAGGAACGACUUAUGAACCGGAUGAUCAAGAAACAGGGCGCGAGCCCGCCUUGGGUCGAGCUCAACAACACCUUCCAUUCGCAUUUGGGUCAAUUUAGGGGGAAGCUGGUCGAUACAUUUGCCAGGAGAGCAGUCAGGGCUUUGACGCAGAGCGGGGCUCUACUGUCCAGCGGAGGGCCGGGGACGGGCACGACAGGAGGAACGGAGGAGUCUCGUCGUGCCUACUUCCUAGCACUAGCGCAGGGGUAUCGCGACGCUAAUUGGGAGAGGGAGGAGCGCGCAUACCACGAGGAGUCGGUCAAGGAUCUCAACGACACGCUCCGCCGCUACAACAGCAUUGCGCCUCCUUCGGCAAGGAAGAGCCCGGUGGUCAGGGAGGUGGAGCUACAGAGGUGUUACGAGGUAAGCGCAGAGGUCAUUGCGGAGGGGCUGAAUGAGGCGUGGCUGGAAGUGACAGGGCAGAAGGUCAGGCCGGACAUGUCUAGUGGAAUGUUUGGAGGAAAGAGUGGUCCACAGGUGUACGACAUAUGGGGCAGACCGGUGCAGGACAAUGCGAGCACCAGCGCUGGUAAUGGUGGCGGAUGGUCGCUUUCGAGCCUCUUCGCGCGUGACCACGCAGCUGACCUGGAGCGCUCGAAUGUGGGAGGGGAUGGCGAUGAGAGGGACAGCGUUCGCAAUCGGAGCGACGCCGACCAGACAGGGCUGCAUCGACGAAGCAAGAGCAGCGCAGAAGGUGUUGGCCUGAUCACGAAGAUCAAGCAAUGGCUGGCGCUAGAGGGCGGCAGUAAAGAUGGCGAGGAGGCCUCUCGAAGAUCAUGAGGGGCUAGAAGCAUUUGUAUCUUACCUCCCACUGUAACAUAGUAAGCAACUUCCACAUCUCAUUCAGUCAGACGAGCGAGCGGCGACUUCUCUCUAUCUCUCCUGCAAGUUGCUCUUCUUCUCGUUCAAUCGCCGAUUGUGACUUCGGACUGUUCGACAGGAACAGCGAACGAGCUCGAUC